AUGGCCAAUGUAGUAAAUAUUCGACGUGACGUCGACGACAAAUUCUAUCGCUACCGCAUGCCCCUUCUCAACACAAAGAUCGAGGGUAAAGGCAACGGUAUUAAGACGGUCGUCCCCAAUAUGGCUGACGUCGCACGCGCUCUCAGUCGUCCUCCUACCUAUACCACUAAGUUCUUUGGUUGUGAACUAGGUGCCCAGACCUCCUUUGAUGAAAAGAAUGACCGGUACAUCGUCAACGGCGCUCAUGAUGCCAACCGUCUCCGCGAGCUCUUGGACGUCUUCAUUGAAAAGUUCGUCUUAUGCAAAUCGUGCAAGAAUCCCGAGACGGAACUCGUCAUUCUCAAGGCAGGCCGGUCCGAGGAUAUCAUCCGAGACUGCAAGGCUUGCGGAGAACGUACUGGUGUCGACAUGCGUCACAAGCUGACCACCUUUAUCCUCAAGAACCCUCCGGUCAAGGUCAAGAAGGGUAAAAAGAGGACCAAUAAUGGUGAUGCCGCAGGAGGCGUGGGAGGAGGAGGUGGUGAUGUCACGCCGGAGAAUGGCGAUGUCGAAGCCGCUCCCGAUGGCGCCGAAAGUGAUGACGAGUUGACAAAGAAGAUUAAAGCAGAAGCCAAAGUGCUGAAUGCCGAUACCGCGCUAUCCAAAGAGGAUUGGUCUGCUGAUACCUCUCCCGAAGCUGUGAAGCAGCGUAUCAAAGCGCUCGAGGGAGGUAUGGCGGGAGUAGCCCUUGGAGGGGACGACGAAGGUAGUGACGAUGACGCAAACAGCCCUUACGCUUUGCUCGGGAAAUGGAUUGAAGAGAACAGGGAUACGGAUGAUCCAAAGGCCUUUUCGGUCUCGAUUUAUAGGAAGGCUGAAGAAUUUGGUAUCGAGAAGAAGCAUAAGACCAUUGUUGUGCUUGUUCAGGCACUGUUCACCACCGAUGUCCUCUCCGAGGUCAAGAAAUACACGCCGUUGUUUGUCAAGAUGAUCACCUCCGAGAAACAUCAAAAAUCCUUGUUGGGCGGCAUUGAGCGUCUCGUUGGCCUUACCUACCCGAACCUUCUACCCGCUGUCCCAAAGAUCUUAAUGGCGCUUUAUCAAGCUGACGUUCUUGAUGAGGAGGUUGUCACCCAAUGGGGUACACACGUGAGUAAAAAGUAUGUCAAUAAAGAGACCAGCAAGACCGUCAGGAAGGCGAGCGAACCUUUCUUGAAGUGGCUCGAGGAAGCCGACGAUGAUGACGAUGACGAUGACGAGUAA